AAGAUGCAGGGCACCGCUCGCUUGCCUGCAUUCUCUGUGGAUGGUGACUAUAUAAUUGGAGGCGUUUUCUCCAUACAUUACUACAUGCAUACAGUGAAGCAUAACUACACCACCAUGCCUGAGCCUUUAAGAUGCACGGGGAGCAUGGACUCGCGUGAACUGCGCUUUUCACGUGCCAUGGUGUUUGCAGUUGAGGAGAUCAACAACAGCUCCGAGCUGCUGCCAGGCAUCCAACUCGGGUAUCAGAUCUAUGACUCGUGCGCCUCAGUGCCCGUGGCUGUGCACGUGGCAUUUCAGCUGUCAAACGGCCUGGACCCCAUGUUUCACACCGGUGAUGACUGCACCCACUCUGGUAGGGUUGUGGCCAUCGUGGGUGAGUCAGGGUCCACACCGUCCAUCAGCAUGUCGCGCAUCAUCGGGUCCUUCAACAUUCCUCAAGUGAGCCACUUUGCCACUUGUGCUUGCCUGUCCGAUAAGCAGCAGUACCCCACUUUCUUCAGGACGAUCCCCAGUGAUCAGUUUCAAGCAGAUGCACUCGCUAAGCUGGUGAAACACUACGGCUGGACGUGGAUAGGCGCAGUCCACUCCGACUCAGACUAUGGAAAUAACGGAAUGGCCUCAUUUCUGGAUGCAGCUCGCAAAGAGGGCAUCUGUGUGGAGUACUCGGAGUCCUUCUAUCGCACACACCCACGCAGUCGGAUCAAAACAGUGGCUGAUGUCAUCCGCAGGUCCACAGCUACGGUGGUAGUAGCAUUUGUGGCCUCUGGAGAUAUGAGGAUCCUGCUGGAGGAGCUGUCGCAGGAGCCGACGCCAGCUCGCCAGUGGAUAGGCAGUGAGUCCUGGGUGACAGACCCAGACAUGCUGAGGUUCAGCUUCUGUUCCGGGGCCAUCGGAUUUGGUAUCCAGCAGUCUGUCAUCCCGGGCCUGAGAGAAUUCCUGCUGGAUCUCUCAGCCACUGAAGUGGCUGCCUCACCACUGCUCACUGAGUUCUGGGAGGAUGCGUUCAGUUGCAAACUGGGAAAAAGUGCUGCUAAAGACAUGCCUGAUUGUGAUGGGACUGAAGACAUGCAGACACUGGAGAGUCCAUACACUGACACAUCUCAGCUCAGAAUCACCAACAUGGUUUACAAGGGUGUCUAUGCAAUUGCACAUGCCAUUCACGAUGCACUGUGCUAUGAAAUCAAUUCCAAAAUCCAUUGUGAUAAACUCACUCAGCUGGAGUCCAAGCAGGUUUUUGCUCAGUUGAAAAAAGUAAAUUUUUCCCAGAAUGGCUAUGAUGUGUCAUUUGAUGAUAAUGGUGAUCCUGUGGCUGUUUAUGAGCUUGUUAACUGGCAAAAAAGUGAAACAGGCCUCAUUGAGUUGGUGACAGUGGGGCACUAUGAUGCAUCGCUACCCAUCGGCCAGGAGUUUCGUAUCAACAGGAACCUCACAUGGGUGGAUGGCGGCCAAAAAGUGCCAGUGUCAGUGUGCACUGACAGCUGCCCUCCUGGAACUCGGAAAGUUCUGCAGAAAGGGAAACCCAUCUGCUGCUAUGACUGUGUUCCCUGUCCUGAGGGUGAAAUAAGCAACUCUACAGAUUCCCCUGAUUGUUACCCAUGCCCGAAGGAGUUCUGGCCUAACGCAAACAGAGACACCUGCUUUCUCAAGCCUGUGGAGUUUCUUUCCUUCAGUGAGAUUCUGGGAAUCGUCUUGACUGUUUUUUCAUUGAUCGGAGCUUGUCUGGCCAUCACGACCGCAACUGUAUUCUUUAGACACAUCAAUACUCCUAUAGUCAGGGCCAACAACUCUGAGCUGAGCUUCCUUCUUCUCUUCUCCCUCACUCUGUGUUUUCUAUGCUCUCUGACCUUCAUCGGACCCCCCUCCGAGUGGUCCUGCAUGCUGAGACACACAGCGUUCGGCAUCACCUUCGUCCUCUGUAUCUCCUGUGUACUCGGUAAAACCAUAGUGGUGUUAAUGGCCUUCAAAGCAACACUUCCAGGUAGCAAUGUUAUGAAAUGGUUUGGUCCUACGCAGCAGAGGAUGACUGUAGUUUCUUUUACUUUUAUUCAAGUUUUAAUUUGUACUAUUUGGUUAGUGCUCAGUCCUCCUUUCCCGAUCAAAAAUCUAACAAUAUACAAAGAGAAAGUCAUCCUGGAAUGUGAUUUAGGGUCUGCUAUUGGAUUCUGGGGAGUUCUUGGGUACAUAGGCCUUCUGGCCGUCUUCUGCUUUGUGUUAGCCGUCCUCGCCCGUAAGCUACCUGAUAAUUUCAACGAGGCUAAACUAAUCACUUUCAGCAUGUUGAUAUUCUGUGCAGUCUGGAUCGCCUUCAUCCCAGCGUAUGUCAGCUCUCCUGGGAAGUUUACUGUGGCUGUCGAGAUAUUUGCUAUUCUGGCCUCCAGUUUUGGACUGAUAGUGUGUAUAUUUGCUCCAAAGUGUUAUAUCAUAUUGUUUAGGCCAGAGAAGAACACCAAGAAAUACUUAAUGAACAAAAAUCAAGACUAG